CAGACAUCCUAGUAGUUUUCGAAUCACAACAUCACUCUGUCAAUUUGACCUGACCAACACUCGUUAUUGAAUACAUUCUUUUUGAUCCUGUGUAUAUAUGAGCGGGUGCGUUGUAGGAGAUUCCCGGUCCUAGACUUUUUUUUCUGAAGGCAAAAGAAAACAUUUUUUUCCUGCUGCCGUCGUAUUUUCUGAACUUGAGGUGCUACUGUCAAUAUUUGAUUUCGUCGCGAAAAGAAGCCAAGAGGCCAGUGUUCAUAUACGACGGAUUCAAAAAAUAAAACUACUGAAACUAUAGAACAAAAUGAUGCACGAUGGUGGCACAAUGCACCACUUGAUCGCCGCAACUCUGGCGGUCUUUGCUGGGUCCAUCGUUGAAGCCAUUCUAGGGUUUGGUUGUUCCCUUGUGUGGAUGUCCUUCUUUCCCUUGUUUACGACGAUUCCGGAUGCGGUAGGAGUCUUGCAACCGAUGCAUAUUGCCCUGAACACGAUCCUUUUGGCAAGCACGUGGAGGCAGUGUACCCCGAACGCACUGAAACCCUUGGCAAUGACCGUUCCGUUCGGGAUUGUGUUCGGACUGUGGAUUGUUACUUCGUGGUCUUCCAAUGCCAUUGAUUGCGUUCUCGGAAUUUUUCUGAUUGUGUACACAUUUUUGAAGAAUGACGAGCAUGAGGAGCCCGCAGAUCAUAGCGAAGCGCCAAAAAAUCCAAAGCAUCAUGGUUUUGGACGAAAAACAAGCGAUCUCACCCUGGCGCCUCUAGAGGAGGUGUUAAUGGAGGAAGAGAAAAAGGAUGAUAGCCAGGACACUCGACCACCGUCACCUAUUGCGGAAGAAGUGCCGCACGUGACGGAGACGAUAUCUCCCUUGACCCAUCGACAUACGAUAUCCGUGGCGGCCAGCAACCACAACGUGCCCAGUGCCAAUACGUCGACGUCAAUAGCAAAAUCCAACAGCUCGACUAGCAGCAGUACCACCACUAGGAAAAGCAUGCUACAGAACCCCACUGCAAUUUGCGCUGGAMUGGUUGGUGGAGCCCUCAUGGGGGCCUUUGGGACCGGUGGGCCGGCCUUUUUGAUCUUUGCACGGGAGRCCGGAUGGCAGAAUCAACCUGAGCUCUUUCGGGCCAACCUGCAGCUAUUAUUUUUCGUCAUUAACGUGCCGGUUUGCCUAUCGCAAUACGCAGAGGGGAUCAUAACCUAUGAGCGGUGCAAGGCCAGUAGCUAUCUGCUGCCGGCCCUCUUCGCUGGAGGAUCCUUUGGGAGGGUCCUCGCCACCAAGGUCCCCCGGGACAAGUUCCAGAUCCUGGUGGUGAACGGACUGCGGAUCAUGGGGAUGAUGUUUCUGAUCGAGGCAGCGCGGCCCGAAGAGUGAGUCAAAGGAGACGGGCAUCAAGGAUGUGAAAAUGGCAACGAUUGGACAAUCUGAGGGAUGGUUUACUGAUAUGUGUCAAUCCUUGCGAGUCGUCCCAUGAAUGGGUUUUGUACAUUUUUCCUCACAUUAUGUUGUGGCGAGACCCACAGCACCGCUGAUCGCAUAUGAGCAAGAUCCACAAGCUACUACCAGAACAGUGUUCGAUGAUCCAAACGAUAAGCAUGUUCCGCGGGAAUGCAACUAAAGCUACGAUUAAGAUUCUGAAGUUACGGUUGUGRUUCAKGUACUGUGUAAUACCACUUUCAAAAUUUUAUGAAAAAUUGCAGUUUCACAAAGUUGGAAUUCUUUUCUUGAUUGAUUGUCCUUGCAAUGGUUGUUACUCCGCUGAUUUGAUGCCGAGAUUGAAUUUUUGGAGUGUCUGAAGUUAUUUUCAUUGCAGUCAUUAGUUCACAAUGA